GGGAAGGGCGGGUGAUAGGGUGCAGGAGGAUCCGAGGCGGCGCCUGUUUACGCGGCCACAAGAGUCACUCUCAGCCCGGCUCCGGUUCACUGGCUCCGGUUCCCCUUCUCUUCCUGGGAAAGUCAGCGGCUCCGGCGACCGGCUCAGUACAUUAGAAAGUUUCACCGUGCGGCGUCUCGCAACAUGUCCGCCCCCGCCAGCAAAGAGGUGAAGGAGCUCAGCUCUGUCGACUUCAUCCAGCUCCAGCAGUAUAUUGAAUACUGCAGCCUGAAAGUCAAAGAUGUGCUGCGGGAAUUUGAUGCAGAUGGCCGCCUGUCCCGGCACAGACACGGAGAGUGCAUUAAUGAAGAAGGCUUCCGCCUCUUCCUGAAGACUUACUUAGAAGUGGAUGACUUCCCAGCAGAUCUGUGCCAGCGGCUCUUUCGCUCUUUUCAAAACUCCGAAACUGCCAAGGAAGACAGCAGGAAAGAGGUCUUUCUGAAGGAUGUUUCGUGUUAUUUCUCACUCUUGGAGGAUGGUCAACCUCGUGACAAGCUAGAGUUUGCUUUCAAGCUGUACGACAGAGAUGGCAACGGCGUACUGGACAGCUCGGAAGUGGAUAGAAUUAUCGCUCAAAUGAUGCAUGCUGCAGAGUACUUGGGAUGGGAUGUGACAGAGCUCAGGCCGGUUCUCAAGGACAUGAUGACCGCAAUAGAUGCUGACAGCAGCGGUACGGUGUCAUUGGAGGAGUGGGUGGAAGGAGGCAUGAACAACGUCCCUCUACUGGUCCUGCUUGGCCUGAAGAUGACACAGACAGACGGACAACACCUGUGGAGAAUGAAACAUUUCAGCAAGCCUGUAUACUGCAACGUGUGUCAUUGCAUGCUUCUAGGUCUCAGGAAGCAAGGCUUGUGCUGCACCUGUUGCAAGUACACAGUCCACGGCCGCUGCGCUAACAGGAACCCGGCCCCGUGUGCCAGAACCUAUGUGAAGUCCAAGAAAGAAACAGGGGUUCCGGCACAUGACUGGGUGAGUGGGAACUGUGAAUCGAGAAAGUGUGACAAGUGUCAAAAGAAGAUCAAGAGCUUACAAGGCCUAACGGGCAAACACUGCGUGUGGUGUCACUCCAUGCGCCACGAUGCGUGUGCAGACGAAGAGCCGAGUGAGUGCACGUGCGGCCCGCUGCGAGACCAUAUCCUGCCUCCUUGGGCUGUGUAUCCCGUCAUCAAGGAGAGAUCAAACAACGGAUGCUCUGGUCAAACGGACGACACAGAGCUGAACACAACUCCUGAUGGACAAAUCCUUCAGAUUAGCCCCGUGCCCAAUACUCACCCGCUUCUUGUGUUUGUCAAUCCCAAAAGUGGAGGCAAGCAGGGGGAAAGGGUCCUGCGUAAGUUUCAGUAUUUGCUCAACCCUCGGCAGGUGUACAACCUUUCCAAUGGAGGACCAGCUCCAGGCUUGAGUUUCUUCAGAAACCUUCAAGAUUACAGGAUCCUGGUAUGUGGUGGAGACGGCACAGUCGGCUGGAUUCUGGAUGCCAUCGACAAAGCUGGUCUGCUGGUGCGGCCGCCAGUUGCUGUACUUCCCCUGGGCACAGGAAAUGACCUCGCGCGAUGCCUGCGGUGGGGAGGAGGAUACGAUGGUGAGGACCUAAACAGGAUCCUGAAGGAUAUUGAGGGGAGCUCUGAGGUUCUGAUGGACCGCUGGAGCGUGCAGGUCAUCACGGAGGAAGGUGAAGACAAAGGCGACCCUGUGCCGUAUGAGAUCAUUAACAAUUACUUCUCCAUCGGAGUGGACGCCUCCAUCGCCCACCGUUUCCACACCAUGAGGGAGAAACAUCCUCAAAAAUUUAACAGCAGGAUGAAGAACAAGCUGUGGUAUUUUGAAUUUGCCACCUCAGAGACCAUCUCAGCCUCUUGCAAGAAACUCAACGAAUGUCUAACAAUAGAGUGCUGCGGCACUCCUUUGGACCUCAGCGGCCUGUCUCUUGAGGGCAUUGCUGUCCUAAACAUUCCCAGCAUGCACGGCGGGUCCAAUCUCUGGGGUGAGAGCAAGAAGGGGGACAUGAAGGGGCUGACCGGCCAAGAGGAGCCUGACGUAAUUGUGGACCCAGAAGUCUUGAAAGUGACUGGCCAAGAUCUGAGUGACCGCAGAGUAGAGGUGGUUGGCCUGGAGGGUGCCAUAGAGAUGGGGCAAAUUUACACGGGCCUGAAGAGUGCUGUGAGACUAGCGAAAACGGCACAGCUCACCAUCAGGACCAAGAAAGCGUUGCCAAUGCAGAUCGACGGAGAACCGUGGAUGCAGCCACCCUGCACAAUUCUCAUCACGCACAAGAACCAAGCGAGUAUGCUGAUGGCUCCUCAGGCCAAAGGAUCAGGGUUCUUCACCUCCAGAUAAGAGUGGACACCUUUCUCUGGGCAUUAUUUAAAAACUGAAAAAAUAUAGAAAUCCGGAAAAUGAGGAUUGCAGUGCUAGCUUUUUGUUUACCACUCAACACCCCAAAAUAUAUGUACUGUAUAUCAAAAUACAAUUUACAUGCCGGAUCAGAACCAUGUGAUUUCUUCCAUCCAAUCACUACGUAAAGAAAUAUUCCCAUUAAAUUCAUAAUUUCCCUUUGAAGUACAGUAUAAAAAAAUCUGAAGCUGGAAAACUGGAAAAUCAAUUUUCCCAAUUUCAGUUUUUUUUUAGAAUACAAAUUACACUAUGGCACUGGUCUGGACUGCUACACUCCUCCACGUACUUGAUUAUUGUAUAUAACCAACUGACAUUUUUAAAGUAUAUUAUAUUAUCACACUGUUUAGAGUAAGUGCAAAAAGAAAAAAAAAAGCACUUAAUACAAUUAGCGCCUCCAAUGCUUCAAGUCAACUCUGCUGUGUAGGAACUUAACGUCAAUGUACUUGAGAAGGACGUCAAGUGCCUUUUCAAUUGCUUCUGCCUAGACUGGGUGGACACACUGGAAACCCUGUACACAAUAUAGUUGUUGUAUAUGUGUGUCUAAAGCUUAUAAUGAUAAUAGCACAGUAAUAAUGACUUUUGAGAGGACCAUGACCUAAAGUUUGAAUGUGGCUGAAAGAAUUUUAGAGGGUCUACUAUUUUCAGUGUGCGUGUGUGAGUGUGUCUCAUGUCGCAUGUUGCGGAGACAUACAAUGGUAUGAAAAAGAAUCUGAACCUUUUGCAAUUUCUCACAUUUCUGCGUAAAAUCACCAUCAAAUGUGAUCUGAUCUUUGUCAAAAUCACACACAUAAAAAUACAGUGUCUGGUUUAACUAAAACCACCCCAAAAAAUUAUAGGUUUUCAUAUUUUAAUGAGGAUAGCAUGCAAACAAUGACAAAUGGGAAAAAUAAGUAAGUGAAUCCUCUGCCUAAGGAGACUUAAAAAGAGCAAUUGAAACCAAUUUCUACUAAACAUCUUAAGUCAGGUGUGUGCCCAAUUACUGAUGAGUGGUUUAAAGCUGCCCUGCCCACUAUAAAACACACACCAGGUAAGAAUUGUCUUGAUGAGAAGCCUUGUCUGAUGUGCAUCAUAGCUCAGUCAAAAGAGUUGUCUGAAGACCUGCGAUCAAUGAUUAUUGAUUUGUAUAAAGCUGGGAAAAGAUACAAAACCAUCUCCAACCAAGUCUGGAUGUUCACCAAUUGACAGUCAGACAAGUUGACGACAAAUGGAGAGAAUUUGGCACUGUUGCUUCUCUCCCAAGGAGUGGCCGUCUACCAAAGAUGAUACCAAGAGUUCAGCACAGAAUACUCAGAGAGGUAAAAAAAAAAAAGAACCUUAGAGUGUCUUAUAAAGACUUACAGAAAUCACUGGCACAGUCCAAUAUCUCUACACACAUCAACUAUAUGUAAAACUAUGGCCGUGAGUGGUGUUCUUGGGAGGACUCCACGGAGGAAGCCACUGCUGUUUAAAAAAACGUUGUAAACAUGUUGCUUGUUUAAUGUUCGGAAAAAGGCACUUGGACACUCCACAGAAGUUUUGGCAAAAUAUUUUGUAGACUGAUGAAACCAAAGUUGAACUGUUUGGGAGUAACACACAAAGUCAUGUGUGGAGGAAAAAUGGAACAGCUUACCAACAUCAACACCCCUUCCCCACCGUGAAGCAUGAUAGAGGGAGCAUAAUGAUUUGGGGCUGUUUUGCUGCCUCAGGGCCUGGAAAACAUGCAAUCAUUAAUGGAAGAAUGAAUUCAAAAGUUUAUCAGGAUGUUUUGCAGGAAAACCUGAGGCCGUCUGUCACCCAGUUGAAGCUAAAAAGAGGAUGGAUGCUGCAACAAGACAAUGAUCCAAAACACAGAAGUAAAUCAACUUCACAAUGGUUUCAGAAGAACAAAAGACACGUUCUGGAGUGGCUAAGUCUAAGUCCAGACUUCAACGCCAUUGAGAUGCUGUGGCAUGACCUAAAGACAGCGAUUCGUGCCAGACAUCCCGGGAAUCUGACUGAAGUAAAGCAGUUUUGUAGAGAACAAUGAGCCAAGAUUAGUCCUGAUCAAUGUGCUGGAUUGAUCUGCAGCUACAGGAAGUGUCUGGUUGAAGUUAUUGCUGCCAAGGGGGGGCAUAAAAUAUGAAAUGUGAUGGUUCACUUACUUAUUUUCCCCCCUUCUGUCAUUGUUUGCAUACUAUCCACAUUAAAAUUCGAAAACCAAUAAAUGUUUGGGCUGUUUUAAUUAAAGCAGGCACUGUUUUUUCAUCUGUGUGAUUUUGACAAAGAUCAGAUAGCAUUUGAUGAUGAUUUUACGCAGAAAUGUGAGAAAUUCCAAAAGGUUCCGAUUCUUUUUUCAUACCACUGUAAGUUAGACUUAGCCCUCCAUUAAUGCCUAUGAAUGAAAUUGUUCAGGUUCGAAGGAGGAUUUUUGUUUACCAUUGUACUCCUGUACAAAAAAGUUUACGUAACUAUGUAACCGCUCUAUGGAGUCAAAUGAUUUCAGUAUUCCAUGAGGAUGAUGUCACUGCUGAAUGCCUGAAGUAACAGAAAGUGCAAUGAUAUUUAAUGAAUUAAAAGGAAAUCAUGUUACUUUACUGCCACGAGAGGACGCCAUAUUCUCUUGUGUUGUUUUGUUUUUUUCUCCUUCGGCACAAAAUUAAAACAGUGUGUUUAAAGUAGCAAUGUUGUUCAAAUGUUAGUCCUCACUUGCUUUUAGUGAAUAAGGAAUCAUUCAUAAAAUUUAAAUAAAUACGGUGCUGUGCUGUUGUAACUAAUACGUCUUCCGUUGCCUGCCUGCUAUGAAAAAUGAUUCUCCCUUUUCCGGGGUGUCCAAACAUUUUUCUCCAAGAGACACGUUCAGAAAAGAAUGCAAGGGGCCAAAUUGGAAUCAUUCAACUUUUAUUUGUUAAAUAGGAUCAGCAUCAGGUUAAAAAGAUCAGAAUUUAAAAAUGUAUUUAUUUUUAAGUAUUAAUUCAUUGGCUGCCAUUGACGGCGAUAGACGUCCAAUUUAAUAUGACUGGUGAUCUCGCAGCGAUUGAAUGAUCAGUGACGCAUGAUCACUCAAUGCCAGCUAUCCCAGCUGAAAUGGAUUUGAUGUCUAUAACUGUCAAUCACAGUGAAUAUGAACUGUAACAGAAUGUCGGCUGAAUUUAAAGACCAAAUGUGAAGUAAGAUUGGCCAACCUUGUUUUUGAAUAAUAUCAAUGGCUAAACAAUUACUAGCAUAUUUUCGUCAUUUUUUUAACGCAACCCUUCCAGAUUCUUUGUUUAACCCAUAGCAACGCCCUUGACAACGAAAAUGCUUUUCUUCGACAAUUUUCGGAAAUCAUCGGAAAUUACGUCACACAGAGAACUGCGAGGGAAGUCCGCCAUAGAACAGUAAUGUUGCAUUGCUUCUCGGUAAGAUGCCACGGCGGUGUGUGGUGAUGUAUUGUAUUGGCGAUGUAAUGUAAAAGUUGUAUGAGUGGCCAAAGGAUAGCAGGGCACCUAAAUGGACAUCUUUCGUUCGCACGAAGCGAAUGAAUUUCACGCCAUCAUCGAGUAGUGUUCUCUGCUACAAACACUUCGAAGAUGCCCACUUCCUCAACCGGUCUGCUUAUGAUCAAGGAUUUGCAAAAAAGUAAGUGUGAUUUUUGGAUAGAUGACUGAUGACUUUGUCAAAGCAGAGCUACCAACUGUUGUGGAAUGAACAGUAGAAGGUAGAGGCGUCAGCCGAAAGGUAACUCGAGGCAAAACCCCGAUCGUGUUGUUGAAUGAACAAUAGAAGCUAGCAGUGUUAGCCGAAAGCUAACUCGUGGCAAUCCGUGAUCAUAGUUGUAUUGAGUUCAUUUUUCCUAGUCAUAUAAAUUCGUCAAAACUUUUCUUUUAUCCCAGGCAAUGGUAGGUGGUUUACUUACCUGA